UCCCACGCCAGUGUGCUCUUUGAUCUCAAAUAAUUCACAACCAUUUCAGCUCCAGCUCGUGCAGCAAACUGGUUCGCUUUCAUCUUCAAAUAAUAAUCAAUUCAAAACUUGUUUUCGGUGGAUUGAAAACUUUGAAAGUUGUGGUUCUUUCUUUCCGAGUGGAGAAAGUUGUGUGUGCCCGGAAUUCAGUUCAAAAGAGCACUUGGAUAUCGGACAAAGUGUGGAUCGGAUAUUUCGUUGUACUGCAAGCAGCGUGUAGUAGAACCUGCUUAUGGUGGUGUUAGUUCCUACUUCUGGAUUGGAGCAGAAAUUUGGAAUGAGACAAAAGAAGAAGGCGCGGCCUUUGGGUUACCCUCCUCCAGGGAUGGCUUGCAAAUGUCUGUUCCUAAUUUUAACCAUUGUCCUCCCCACAUACGCACAAGGUGAAUGUUUUGGUGGGUACGAAACGUAUGAGAAGACGACUGGAAUGGCUUUGACUGAGGGCGACCCCCAAGGAUUGCUUCACCAGCCAGGAGCCGCAGUAACGAGAGACUGUACCGCUGUAUGUAGGCAGAGUACAACCUGCAAAGCCUUCACCGUUGAUUAUGACAAGUCCCGAUGUGACUCUUACGAGGUCGACUCCGUCAGCAGGAGAGACAAGCUGAGAGAAGACCCGAGGAGUAACUUUUUCGAAAAAAUUUGUUACAAAGGAGUGACUCAACAAGUCUGCAAUGAUCGAUUGUGGGCUUUCGAAAGAGUUGUGGGCGCAUUUUUGGAAGGAUUUGACGACAAGGAAGAAAGAGCUAUCCAGUCAAAAACGGAUUGCGAAAGGCUUUGUUUGCUGGAAACGGAUUUUGUAUGCAGGUCUGCCGAAUAUGACGAAACGUUGAAAGUUUGUCGACUGAGUAGAGAGGACAGGCGAACUCAGCCAAGCGCGUUUCGACGACAGCCCAGAAUUUCGGUGGAUUAUUUGGAAAAUCAAUGCGUUAAACAACUUCCCGACUGUCGGUACACAACUCGGCAAGAUGUCUCAGUAAUAUCGAUGGACGAAUUGCAAUUCGCAGCGUCUCGAGAGGAUUGUCAAUCUCUUUGCGACCAUGCUCGUGGGUUUACGUGUCGAUCGACAUCCUACUCCAGCGAAGAUAACCGAUGCUACCUUAGUGCCGAUGAUGCGAUUAGCUUGAUGGGUGCCACACUUCCGCACAAGCGUGGAGCCGUGUUCUCAGAAAAGCAAUGCUACAUUAAUAACUGCGAAGAUGGAUUAUUCACCUUUGAGAAAGUCACUGGUCACUUUCUCCGAACGGCAAAACAGGAACCAAUCAGUUUGCAAAAUGCUGCUCCCGGAGUAACUUUGGAGUGUGUGGAACGUUGUCGAGAUGCGGGGGCGGAUUGUCCCGCUUUUGUUGUGGAUCACUCUGCCAUGCGAUGUUUCAAAUUGGAUCGAAAUACUCAAGGACGUGGAGAAGAGCUGACUAAACGAGAUGGGCAAAAUUAUUUUGAAAAGAUUUGUCUUAGAGGCAAUACACGAGGAUGCCGAGGUAGGGCGUGGGCAUUUGAACGUCGACCUGGGAGGGAAUUGAGAGGUCAUGAUGAUCUCGUCAUCCAACGGGUCCCAAGUCGUCGAAGUUGUGAAGAAAAAUGUUUGGACGAAACACGAUUUGUUUGUCGUUCUGCGGAAUAUCAUACAGAGACGACCGAGUGCAGACUCAGUCGCGAGGAUAGAAGGACAAGACCUACGGAUUUUGUUGAGGCCCCGAUGCAAAUUGAGUACUUGGAAAACCAGUGUAUCGAACCCGACCGUCGGUGUCCGUUCACCACUGUGGCCGAAUCUCAUCCACGUUACUUGGACACGGUGGUAAAUGGUGUGACCAGCGAACAAGAUUGUCAAGGAAGGUGUAACACUCAUCGAGACUUUGUGUGUCGAUCGUACUCUUUCUACGCUGCAGCUUCCCAAUGUUUCAUCUCAGGAGAUGACAAAGCUUCCGCACUCGAAGAAGCGAUACAGAAACGACCUGGAACCACGUAUUACGAGAGGAAUUGCAAGGGGACCCCUCUCGGCCCAUUGCCACCUGCAAUUUCAAGCGUGUCAGGAAUACCGGAGCGCCCAUUUAGCGGAGGACCGUUUGGAAAUUCUAUUGAUGACAGACCACGACAAGGCAUCACUGACCAUCAAAUUGGAAGAUGCGCCUUUGGGCGGAUGACAUACGAGAAAGUUUCGGGCUACGAGUUGGACCGGGGUCACAGCUACCUCUUGUACCGAGAUGCAGCCAGAGGGAUUUCGGAUAGAUGUGCUAAAAGAUGUCAAAGCGAUAUCAGAUGUCACGCCUUCAACUUGGAUUAUAACAGAAAUGAAUGUUCCGCACUGGAGUUUGCUAAUGAUGAGGUCCGAUAUGACCUCCGUAGAUCUUCUGGGGUAGCCUACUUUGAAGGGAUUUGUCUACGAGGUGGUGGCUGUGGACUUUUGUGGACAUUUGAAAGAAUUCCCAACUUCCAGCUUCGAGGCUUUGAGCGUGAAGUUGUCCGAGAUGUUGGGAAAACUCAGUGUGAAGAUCGCUGUUUGGAGGAACGAAGAUUUAUUUGUAGAUCUGCAACUUACGACUGGAAAAAACGCGAAUGUCGCUUGAGUACUGAGGACCGUUUCACACAAGCGAGAGGCUUUAUCCCAUCGGCGGAAACGGACUACUUGGAAAAUCAGUGUGCUCCGCAGCCCAGAAAAUGCAACUAUAAAACGGCACAAAAGGAUCGAUAUUUGAUUUAUGUGGACAAAGCAGAGCCAGCGCAACAUGACGGAAUGUGCCAACGAGCUUGUGACAAAGAACGAGACUUUAAUUGCCGAUCAUACUCUUUCUUGGCCACUGUCGGAGCAGCAACCCCUGCGCCAAGUGUGUGCCUUUUGAGUGGAGACACGGCGGAAACAGCAGCCCCCAACGCAUUCCAAGUCCAGCCAGGAGCCACUUAUAACGAGAAAGAAUGCGACCCCAGGAGCAUUCCUGGUGGAGAAUUCCAACGAGAGGCACUCAGACCACCAUAUCCACCUUCGUCUGACCCCUUCCUCUCUGACCCAAGACCUUACCCACCUGCAGGUCGUGACCCCUUCUCCCCAAACAGGCUGGACCCAUACCCGUCUCAACCCUUUUCCGCUUACCCAACAAGUUCAAAGGACCCCUUUUCUACCAGUCGAUUCCCAGCCACAAGUCGGGACCCUUAUCCCACGAGGGAUUAUUAUCCCCUCAGAGACCGAGACAACUAUGGGCGAGAACCUUACCCAAGCAGGGACCCGUAUUACAACAGGUACCCUCCAGGCCGAGAUCGUGAUGGGUACAACAGUCUCCGGGACCCGUACCCGUCUUCUGGAUAUCCACCAGGAGGAACUGCCGACCCAGGAAAUUACUUGGACCCAGAACUCUCUCCGUACAGGUGUCGAUACACUGUGACUUAUGAAAAGGUUUUAGGACACACCUACAACGGAGCAAGAAAGGAAUUGAUACCAACCCGGUCCGAUUUUGGGAUAACUGGAGAAUGUUUGAAAGAAUGCGAUCAACUUCGUGAUAGAUGUUUAGCAGUGAGUUUGGAACCUGUCCGUGGAGCUGGAAAGAGGUGUUUUGCACUCGAUCGGUCAUCCGAGGCGGACGCUUCCUUACUCCAUCCAUCCGUGGAAUUGACUCAUUACGAAAAAAUAUGUCUGAGAGAACGAAGUUGUGGUAAAAUGUGGACAUUCACCCGAGUUCCAGAGCAUGAGUUGGUUGGACCAGGUGAUCUCGAAAUCAGAAACAUUUACAACAGAAGGCAAUGUCAAGAUGAGUGUCUUCGAGCACCGAGAGGUCCUUGCAGAUCCGUCACCUACUAUAAUCGAGAACGUCUCUGCAAGUUGAGCAGUGAGACGAGAAGAACUCGACCAGAAAGUUUUCGAAAAGCUGGGCCUGACAUUGACUACAUGGAAAAUGAGUGUGCUCCAACUCCUCCUCACUGCGAAUAUACCGAUUCCCCCGGAAGAUACUUGCCUGUUGCAGAUAAAUUCAUUCCUCGAGUCUACACACAUGAGGAUUGUCGACGAAGUUGCGACACUGAGCCAGAAUUCCAAUGUCGUGCCUUCAGUUUUCAUGCUUAUCGACGGGAGUGUCUCCUCAGUUCGGAUGAUACGCACUCAAGUGGAACAGCUCUCGUAUCCGAUCAAGACUUCUUUUAUGGAGAACGUGGAACUUGCAAUAAUGUUAAAGUUGACUGUACUCCGUCCGACAUGAUGGUCACCAUCAAUUUUGGAAACCCAUUUGCUGGCAGGGUAUUUGCCACAGGAAAUCCUCAAUCUUGUUUCGAAAUGGGUGGAGACAGGAGCCAACUUGUAUUGAGAAUAUCUUUGGGAACACAGUGCGGAACAUUGCAACAGGGACGAGGUCGAUAUGUCAAUCACGUCGUAAUCCAACAGAACCCAGUAAUUAUGCAAGAGUCGGACAAAACAAUUCGAGUCGAGUGUUCCUUUGAUGCCAAUGACCAAACCGUAUCUUACGCACCUGCCGGUGUAUCUGGAUCAAGAGAAUAUCCCGACGCAGCUAACAAUGGACUUUCUGUAACGGUCCCCUUUAAACCUACGGGAACCAAUAUUUACACAAACACCGCACCCACGCCGAACGUCCGGAUGCGAAUUGUCAUGAGAAAUGGACAAGAUGCCUCCGUAGUCGGAUUGGGUGAAGAACUUCAGUUGAAAGUAGAAAUUGAUCCAUCCAGUGCCUUUGGAAUAUUUGCCAGGAAUUUGGAAGCUAGGACGGAAUACGGAGAAUUGCUCACUCUUAUUGAUAACAUUGGAUGUCCUCGAGACCCUAACGUGUUCCCCGGUCUGGAAAUAGAGCGAGGAACAAGAAACUUGUUUGCAGAUUUCAAAGCUUUCAGAUUCCCAUCCACCGCUACCGUGAACUUUGUCGCGACUGUACAAUUCUGUCAGGAUGCUUGCCAACCGGUGAGAUGUCAAGCUGGAUUGGAAUCGUUUGGACGACGAAGACGAUCCAUAACUUCGAACGAUACAUCGGAACCUAUUCUUCAUCAAUUCAGCAUGACGAUCCCAUCUCCAACAUUAGCCACCACCUCCCACGCCCCCACAAAUAGCACAAUUCAUCAAAAUAUGCAACCGUACAACUUGUUCCCACACCAGCAACCAGUAACACCGAAACCAACUUCUUCAGACACACAAGUUCCUCUGAAGCCCGUCUCCACCGCAGGAACUCCGACAAUAGAGCGUGGCUAUAAAUAUUCGCCGUUCCACCAAUCUCCGCACAUCAUUGAGUCUGAAGGAGCCCGACCCAGCCAGAUAAUUAGGCAGCUCACCACCUCCGUUCCAAACACCUUAAACCCACCGAGUAAUGAGGACCCACAUAUAAUCAUGAAGCAAGAUAAUGUGGAAAGUUCUACCAAAAAGCCAAUGUCAGAGUUGCCCGGUGCACUUCCCAUUCACUCGAGGCUCGUGGUGAAAGCAAAAGAGGAUGAAAAUAUGCCCAACAGCGACGAGCUUGACCUUGCCUUCCGCCGUAGAAUUAAUGAAAGUAGACAGUACUCGUCUGCCGUGCCGUCGUCCGGACCUGCCACCUACGAUGGAUAUGUUUGCAGCACGAAGGGGAGCGUCGUGGGGGCCAUUUUGACCGUGUUGUUGCUCCAGUUGGGGCUAAUUGGUGCAUUUUGGGUGUUCUACAGGUCAAAGCAACGACACUGGGAGAAACUUGGCGGGGGUGACUAUGACCCUCGAACAAUCCACUCUCACACACAUUCCACAACGUCAUCCACCUCGUCCUUCCCCACAUCGCCGGAAGUAAUCUUUAGAAGUGUGUACGAUCGGUUGUCGGCAGGAGGGAGACGGAUUCUCAUUCCGUAUCCCAACUCUCAAAACUCCAGCACACAUUCUCGAGGGGGCAACUAACUUACCAAUUUUUCAUGAUCAUCUCUAACUUGAUGAAUCUUUUUCUUACUUUUUUCAUACAUGAUGCUCUGCACUGCUCGUUGGUUAAGUAUAAAGUAUUAAUAAGCAUAUACGUGUAAACAGUGAUUACGUUAUUAUUUAUUCAUAUAGAACAACUCUAAAUUGGUUACGUACAUAAAUUUCAAGUGUUGUUUGACACACAAAUAUUUGUUUGUUUUCCAUUAUGCCGAUCAUCAUGAGCUUGCCGACAAGCUUGGUACAUACAUAAAUCUAAUUUUUGCACCACCUCGGACAUCGUUAUAAUUUGAAAAUAUGUAACACACAUUUAAAUAUAAUUACCGUGUAGUCAAUAA